CACAAACAACAACAACCACAACCGCACACACACACACACACACACACUUCCUUUGUUUGUUCUGCCGUCAGUGCGAGUGGUUUGUUGUCGUCGAGAGUUGCUUGUGGAAGCAGCAGGAGCAGCUCAUGGGAAAAAGAAACAAGAGAGGGCGCAGCGGUGGCGGCCCUGCCAGUGCCCGCCAGCGUGGGCAGCGAAAGCAACGACAACAGCAGCAGCCUCAGCAGCAGCCUCAGCAGCAGCAGCAGAGAGAGGCAGGCCGAGACAGCAGUGAACGACAGGAGCAGGCCGAUCAACAACAGCAACCACCACCACAACCACCACAACACCAGGAUGAGCAGAAAACAGUGGACAACGCAGGUGCGGACAGCAACAGCAGCAGCAGCAGCACGACAAUGAAGCAGUCGCAGCCACAGGCUUCGCGGGCCCAGAAACGGGCAGACAAAGGCGCCAGAAUGGACGGACGAGGUACGACAGAUGGCAAGCGAAGCUACGCUAACGCCGCUACUGGUGGCCGUAGCGUGAAGCAGCGGCAACAGCGACAGCAGCAAGGGCAGCAACAGCAACAGCAGCAAGGGCAGCAACAGCAACAGCAGCAAGGGCAGCAACAGCAACAGCAGCAAGGGCAGCAACAGCGACAGCAAAAUAGAGGCAGAUCACAAGAUCGGCAAACAAGUGGCGAUUCUGCCGACAAGGAAAAGCAGCAGCGUCAUGAAGAUAGCCAGGAAGACAAGGAGGCAAGUGCUUCGGAGGUCGCACGUCGGCAGGAGUACACACAAGGUCACCCCCAAGCCCCGACGGUGGCAAUGGAGGACGCGCCUGAUCGUGCCGCUGGCAGUUCUGACGUGCCAAACGUGCCUGGCCCCGCAGAUGGUGGCACCACGAACGAGAACGAAAACGGCCAUCAACAAGCGAAGGACACGGCUGUCAGCGCGACGGGCGGUGCCAGCGACGAGGACGCACAGGCGAGCGACCACAACCUCGCGCAGGCUAAUGGUCAACAGGAGGAACCUGAUAUUGCACCAUGCAGCAGUGCUGGCAGUGAUGCUGGCGAUGGUGGUGUUGGCGGUGUUGGUGAUGGUGAUGGCGGGAAAGGAGACGUGCCGAAAGAGGAAGACGAGCACCAGCAGGCCAAUCCCAGCAAUGAUGGAGGUGCCCAAGUUGGUGAUGGGGACAAGAGCGACAGCAGCACCGCCCACACUGUGAGCGGACAAGGAGGGGGAGGAGGAGGAGGAGGAGGAGGAGGAGGAGGAGGCGGUGGUGACGAUGGAGACGACGAUGAUGAUGAUGAUGACGAUGGUGAUGAUGUUGGUCGUGAUGAUGGUGAUGGUGGCGAAGAUGGAGGUGGUGGUGAUGAUGAUGAUGAUGGUGGUGAUGGUGGUGAUGGUGAUGAUGACGAUGGUGGUCAUGGUGGUGAUGGUAGUAGCCCGGGACCUCCAUCUGACAGCAAUGUGCCAAGCUGUAUCUUGCGUGAAGUGGUACCCUUUGCCCAUCACGUUGCCAUUGUCACUGGUCACCUGCAAGCGGACACCAAGGGCGACAUGAGUGCAAAGACCUCCGCUGCACAGGCGUCAGCAGCGAUCCGUGAUGCUGUUGCCGCUUCGGCAACCAGCACGCUGACGCCCGUGUACUGCGGUGCUGACACACACAACGGCGCCGGUGUAUCGAUGCGCCUUCUCUCGCGUUAUCAGCAACAGCACCAACAGCACCAACAGCAACAGCACCAACAGCAACAGCACGGUGAUACGCAGUCAUCACACUCUGCACUUCCCCAACACUUGACCAAGACCACGCCUGUUCGCCUCAUAAGUCCAGAAACAGUCAACUCAGUCACCGGUGGCCUGCCCAUGUGGGCACAGUGGCACGUGGAGACCGCAACCCUUGUCAUCGUGCAUCCACCACCAGCCGCCAUAUUGGAGAAGGAACUGAAGGCGAGCAAGGGCAAGGGCAAGGAUGGUAAAGAGGCGAAAGAGUGGUGGUGGACGAAAGUAACCAAUGUGGUGAAGAGUGCAUUCGGCACGUCCACGAACAAAGAAUACCUGAAACUGCACAAGACUGUGCUGCUGUGGCUGGCACAAGCAGUCAUACCUGCGUUCCACCAGCACCUCCCAGCCCUGCUCUACACCCUCUCCCAGGAUAAAGCGGUGAAGAAAGAACUGGCGGCAAACCUGAAGAAGACUGAGCGGUGGCCGCUGCAAGAUCUGCUUCAUCCAGAUGUUGUGAACUACGUGACACAACUCGACUCUGUGAAGGACCACCUACACAGCAACCCGGCCAUAUUUGCCCGCCAGCUCUUUGCGCUCCCCGGCACAGUCGCUGUCGGCGACCGUGGUGACGGUGGCAGUGGCGACGACAUUCGUGCGCUCGUGUCCAUGAUGAUGAGGAACUUCUUUCUGCUCUGGAAGACCGCCAACAACGACCACGUGAGGGCGGUGGUGAACGAGUUCCAGUCCGUCGUGCGUGCAGCUACACCGCAUGCCAAUACCAAUAACAGCAGCACCAACAGCAACACCAGCGGCAGCAGCGGCAGCAGCGUUGCAUCCCUUGCAAGCAGUGCGCCCGGCACCACUCACGCCGUGAGCACGACCGCUACGCAUGUGUUGGAGUAUUUUCGGCGAAUGGCGGUGGUGUGGCGCGAGCUCAAGCACAACGAUGACAUUGGAAACGCCAUUGUGGCAGCGGCAGCCGCGCACGUGCACACGUUUGCGUCCCCUGACCAGAUCACCGUGUUCAUCAGCACGCUCCGCACCCUCGUGCCGCCAUCUGUGGUCUCGCAGGUGGACGCGUCCCUGCAGUCGUGUACACAUGACCGCGCAACGUGCGCACAUGUGUUGCAGGUUGUCCCAGAAGAGUUGCGUGCACAUGUGGCCACCUCUUUCCUGGACAGGCUCAGGUGCUCCAGCGCACACGCCACUACUGCACCAACAACGACAACAACAGCGGCAGCAACGACAACAUCAACAUCAACAACAACAACAGCGGCACCAUCAUCAACAACAGCAGUAACUACCCCGCCGCCAUCGCUCACGCACCAGCUGCGGCUGCUGCUUGAGGUCCUUGCGCUCCGCACCACAAGCUAUGAACAGCGCGUGCACGACUGGGCGCAAUCACUCAACAGCACCAGCAGCAGCAGCAGCAGUGGCGGCGUUUCGCAUGGUGACUUGCGCUUGUUACGGCACGCCGUUGGUCUGUUGUCACACAACCACUCGCACGCGUUCACACGCGCAAUGACGCUCACCUCGCUCGAGGAAAAGGUGCUGGCGUUCUGCAUUGUCAUAACAGCGCUCACAACACACGUCUUUGGUGGCGACAGCAACAACAUCAACAGCAGCAGCGGGAAUGAUGACGGUGGCGGUGCAACGCAGACGGGUGACCCUGGCAGUGGUCACGAUGACAACGCUGCCACCACCUUGUUCCCCAACCUGCGGGCGGUGCGACAGCAUGUGGCUGCUGUCCUGCCGCCAGAAACAGAGGGCUCACUCACAUCAUCACUCCAAACGUUCUUUGGGCGUGGGUGGACGAGUACCCACCACCCAUCAACAUCAACCACAACGACAACAUCAUCGUCGCCGUCAUCAUCAGCAGCAGCAGCAGCGAUAACCUCGGCUGGAGCGACAGCUCCAGCGUCACCGCUGCCGGUGCAGCUUGUGCCGUUACGUUCCCAGUGUUUCCCCAACGGUCACCCGUGUUUUCGUGCCAUGCUGUGUGGCCUGGCAGACGUUUGCCAACGCAACAUCCAUGAGCACUUCGCAGACAUUGCACGUGAAUACGAAGGCACGAAGCGCGUGGAUGCGGCCGCUGUUGCCAAGUUGGUGCCGCCCUUGACCGGUGUCCGCUCUGUAUGGGCUGCACUGGCGUCUUUCAGCAGCACGGCAAUGACGGCAACAGCAGCAGCAACGACAACGCCGACAGGAGCAUCAACGACAACAACGACAGCAGCAGCAACAACGACAGGAGCAGCAGCAACGACAACGCCGACAGCAACACCAACAGCAACGGCAGCAGCAACGACGACAACACCUUCACGUGAGGACGGUGCAACGUCCCUGUCGCUGCACACGAUCAGCGACGAUGACGCGAAUAUACUCGCUGCAAUCUUGCUCGCUGAAGCUGAGGAAUAUGAAGGUCAGCUUGACGCUGUGGCGAAGAUCAUCAGCACCUCUGGCACCAACUCUUCUUCACCCGAACAAGUGAACCUGCCACAAUGCUGCCUGCAUACACAUUGCACCAGCAGCGCACACGCAACGUCGGCAACCCUUGAGGAUGUGCUGCUGCUCUUAGGUCACCCAUUUAUCGACAGCGCCCUGGCAGAGUUUCGAGGGCAUCUGGCCAACUUUGUACGCGAGGCCAUUCAGCCGCUGCCAUCUAAAGUUCAGACCAUCAUCAGCGACGUGCUGAAGCAGGCAUCGCCAACUGCCCUGGCGAACUCGCCCCUCUAUCAUGCCCUUGUUGCUCUCGAACGCGACACACAGCACACGCUCACCGAUGUGACAGAGUCCAAGGCAAUGCUUUCAACAAGAACAAAAACAGCAGCAACAGCGGCAACGAUGAUGACGAUGGCAACCACCACCACAUCACAGCGACACAUCAGCACUGCGUCCAAUCACGUGGGUGGCGCCUCUUCAACCGCGCCCACGCUGCCAGCUGACGCCGCCACACCCACACCGUCGUCACCAGCAGCAGCAGCGUUCAUUGGCAGCACGGCUACACCAAGCACGCACGCGGCGCUCUCGAGGAAAGUGGCUGCGCUGCUCGCCAACUACCCAAUCAUGCAGUUCCCUAAACUGAUUGAUGAGGUUCGUGGCUCGUUACCCACGGGUAUUGAAGCCUACACCCUCGCGAAGGCGCUGUGCCACGUCGAUCCCAUGGAGUACAUCGCCACCGCCAGUGCGCCAUACAUUGGGGCGCUGAAGGAGCAGCAGGAGCGUGCCGAACGCGAGCUUGGAGACAAGUUGAUGCAGGGCAGGCUGUGUGGCGCAGAUGUCCGGGUAUUUAGUGACGCAGACAUUGCAAAGAUGAGCGGAACUGACAACACGGCUGUGCACGCUUGGCUGAAACGUCCACGUGCUGUCCUUUUGCAACAGGUGCUGUUUGCUUGCAUGCUGCUGCCACGAGAGAGCGACGACGUGAAGACGUUCUUGUGGGCGGGGCAGGCGGCAAGCAAGGUGCGCGACAAGGUGUCAGCGUACCGUGACGCGUGGUUCGUUCAGCACCUCCGGUGUGCGCGGGAGCGAGGCAACUUCAAGCUGCAAAGGCUUGCCCGCCUCCUGGCAAACGACAACCUUCUCCCGCGCGACUUUGGCCUCUGCGGCGGCGACAACCACGACGUCAACAUCCACGUGGAGGAGACGCUCAUGCGCUGCCCAGCGCUGAACCCAAGAACGGUGCUGAGCGCUGUGGCGAUGAUGCAGCAGCUGCCGCUUGACCUCCUGCAGAAGUACGAGAGCACGUUUGACACGGACACGUUUGACAGCUACAUCAUGCAGCGCACAGGUCGUGUUGACGACACGAACGGCGACCUCUUUGUGCAGUAUUCGCGCCUCUUCAGCAAUUACAGGACCGCGCGGAGGUUGUGUGACGGUGACCUGUGGCUUCCACUGUUUCUUCGCAAGGUGUGCGAGGAUCACAAGCUGCUGGGCUACUUUGACCAAUCGUUCUUGCUGGCGCAAGCGAGGGAUACGGUACAUGCAGCAGCAGCAGCAGCUGCUGCUGCUGGUUCCAGCGACAGUCUCCCCGCUGUUGUUGAUGACGGUGCUGAAGUUGACAACGAUGAGGAUGAUGAUGUGUCAUCGUACGCCGCCAUCAGACGACGUCAGGACAUCACGCGGUUGGAGCAGGAUCUGCAACGCGCGCACAGCGGCAAGGCAGUUGGCUCUGCCGAAAACCUGCGGGAACUGAGCAAGCUCAGGGACAAGUCGCAGAACUCAGUCCAGCUGUUCCUGCGCAAGCCGCGCUUUGAAGAGGAAUCCAUGACCGGCGCUAGCGAUGCCAGUGGUAGCAGCGAUGGUGGUGAUGGUGGUGAUGGUGGCAGCAGCAGCAGCCCUGGCAGUGCGCAUGUACCAUUGAUUCCUGAUUUCACCAUCGUCCGUGGGGAACAGUGCACGUAUGUGAUGGACAAGGAGCGGCUGCUCGACUUUUUCGCGUUCCUGAAGGAAAGCAUGGAGUCGGCAGAUGCAAGCGGCCUACGCGAUGGCAGCGCAAAGGUCCUGAAGGAGGUCUCCACGAGCGUGGAGCACUUGCAGAGCAUCGUGGCGGCUGUCAAGUACCUGAAUGCCGUGAAUGCGUUUGACUUCACGCCCACGGUCAGCCGGGAUGAAGGCAGGUCCUCUGUUCUGCUCAAGUUCGGACUGGGUGAGUGCAAGGCUGUGCUGUCUCACCUGCAAAAGUACACGCAGCAAUGGCAGAAGGUGGUGAUGAACGGCCGUGUGCAACGCGGCGCGCUUUUGCGAGACCGAUACCACCUGCUCCGCCUGUCGCUGCCACAGCUGACACAGCUUGAGCAGUGCAUUGGCAGCAGCGAGCGCCUCCGCUCUCUUGCAGACAGCGACUGGAAGGCGCACUUCUCAACGCGAAAGAGGGACGAGGAAGCACAGCGCGUGAAAGACCUGCUUGGCCCCGCAGCGCCAGGUGACUUGGCGGCGAAAAUCGACGCACUGCUCGAGAGAAAGCUCAAGUUCAUUCAACAGUUUCUGAUGGCCUCGCAGGCAGAGCCACCAUCGUUGCCGGCGUCGUUCACGCGUCGGAUGAGCAGGAACACAGCGCAGUCUGAAACUGGUGCUCGGCGCGCCCCGUGCAUCCACGUGUCCGUGCGCGUGUCGCCCAGACUUUAUGAUACGUCCUCACCACACCGCCUGCUGUUUGCGGGGAUGUUGGAGGCUUUGAAGCAUGUGAGCGCGCCCCCUGCGCUACACACCGUGUUCUUCUGUGACCAUCACCUCCCUGCUGCUGGUACCGACGAUGCUGUCGCUGCUACUGCUGCUGCUGCUGCUGCUGGCGGCGAUGGCGGUUUCAGCGAUGCGUUUGAUCGCUUUCUCCUGCGUGCGCUCUACCUGACUGACAAAGAACAAGACAAACGGCGUCAGGGCCAGCAUACCCAGCGACAGCAACAGCAACGUGGUGGCAGCGGCCGUGGUGGUAGUGGACACGGCAGCGGAGGAGGUGAUGAUGGUGAGCAGCGCGGAACGUGGUGCGAGGAACGCGCACCGCACGUGGUCGUGAUGCCGCUUGAUUUCCGCAAGUGGAAACACGUGGAGGCGCGUGUGAAGCGUUGGAACCUGCGACGCGCAACCACACAUGUGGUCUUCCUCUCCGUCAUCAAGGCUGGCAGUGUCGGUCGCACUGUCGUCAAGAACUUCAACCAACACGUGAUGCCGUCCGGGGCCGCACGCGAUACGACCGUCGACUCGCUCCGACACUUGCCUGACGCCAUGCAAGAGCUGCUUGAGCACUGGUCAAUCAGCACCAGCACAGUCAAGGGCGAUGCGCAGACUGGCAAGUCAUUUCGCCUGCUGCACCACAUGCGCACGCUACAAAAACGCACUCACCGCCGCCCAGUGUACCCCCACAUGCUCUUCUCGCGUGCCGACAUGAAUGCGUUCCUGGACUCGCUGGCCCACGACCCAUCAUCAACUGUGUGGGUGCAGUCGCGCCUGAACACGUCGCCAAACAACGCCAUGGAACGUGUGCUGCUUGAGCUUGCGCUGUUUGGUCGUGCACGGUCAGCGGCAGGCACGCUGUGGCAGCCGACGCCGCGAGAUCCGGCUCGAGGCAACGAGCGCCAACCCAUGACGUUCUUCAUUGAACUGCAUGCAAGCACCACAUCAGGCAUCACCGCCACCGCCCCCGCCACCCCGUCAUCUCCCGGCCAUGCACGCACACCACCUGUCACGUUCCUUGCAGACGAGCUGCCCGUCGCGCCGUUCCAAGCACACGGCGAGCACGAUGGUGAUGACAGCAGCACCUCGGGCGUUGAUAGCUCCAAAGCAGCGCUUGGCCUGUUCCAUGGGCUGGCGGCGCGCCAAGACCUCGUGUCCCCGCAACUGCAUGAGUUUUCACGCAUGUCUGCCCUGGGUGGAGACUUUGCGUUGGUGCGAAAGUGCUGUGCGCUCGCUGCAUGGCUGUCAGCCACCAGCAACACAUCCAUGCUGCUGACGAAAGGCAUUUCGCUUGAUAGUGCUGCGCGUUCGACUGCACACGCACUGUGGGAACAGCGGUGGGGUGCUGCUCGCAUCCUGCAGUGGCUACUCUCGCGCAAUGAUGGUGGUGAUAGUGGUCGUGUUGAUGGUGAUCAUGGUGGUGAUGGUGGAGGCAGGUGGGGCUUGCAGGACGUGUGCUGUCUGGUUGUGCCAAGCAUGCGCCAUCGUUCAAGCGAUGUGGUUGUUCUGGCUCCGGCAGCACCGCAGCACGUGCAACCGUCAUCGCUCGCAGACCCCGCUCCACUCCACGCUGAUGGCAGCGGUGGUAUUGGUGGUGUUGCGGGCGACGAAAACAGCAACGGUGCGGGCAGUGGUGCACAGCCGCCACCCCCGCCAGUUGCUGGCGCGAGUGCACCCCAUGAACUGCUCAACAGCAGGCUGCUUGAACACAUCCAACGCACAUCAGGCGCUGUGAUUCAACAGCUGGGCACACAAUAUGCCCGCCGCGAACAACAACAACAACAACAACAACAGCAGCAGCACCAGCAGCACCAGCACCAACAGCGGCGGCGAAGCCCGCAGGACUAUGCAUGGGCCGUUGCCACGCUGGCCAGGGCGGUGGAGGACUGCUUUGGUGAGGCAGCAGUGGAACGCGUCAUCAGCAGGUUUCCUCAGUUUGUGUUCUCUCCACUGGUGAUGAUUCGGCUGCUUGUGCUUGCCCUGCACGCCAGUCUGCGACUGCCCCUCAUCCUCGAAGGCGAAACCGGUGUUGGCAAGACGUACCUCAUUCGCGUCUUCUUCGAGCUCAUGCACGAGCAGCCACAUCAGGACCACCGUCACCAACAGCAGCGGCGGCAGCGGCGGCAGCGGCGGCAGCACCAGCACCACCACCACCAGCAGCACGGAGAGAAUGUGCACGCAUCCCAACCCCAGCUGCACAUUCUGGAUCUUCAGCCCAGCCACACGGAGCGAACAGUGCUGGAGUGGUUGACGUCUCACAGCAUCACAGCAACAGGCGCAGAGAUGCAGCGAGCGCGUAACGUGGGCAUGCCACCACCCAGACCGACCACGGUCGUGUUCAUGGAUGAAACCAACUGCUGCGAUGUUCUGGAUGUUGUGCAGACGUGCAUGCUCGAUGGGCUGGUUGGCCGGGCUCACGUGCGCCAGGACGUGUGGGUGGUUGGCGCGUGCAACCCUUCACGUGAGCAAGACACGCGCGUGGGCCUGUACAAGGUGCUGCCGCUCACAGCGAGCCUGCGCAAGUUCACCUGGACGAUGGACGUCAACUCCCCAGAGGAUAUUCAGUUCAUUGCGUACAGCGCGCUGAGCACCGCGCUCACCCUUGACCGCAGCCACCAGCCGCCGCACUUUGGAGAUGAUGAGGACGGGCAUGAUGAUGUCAGUGCUGAUAGAGGCGCCAGUGGCCGUCACGGUGACGCCGCCAGCACAGGCGUUCGUUGCGAUGCGGGUCAGUUGGUUACUGCUGCACACCUGGUUGCCCGCUGUUACACAACGCUGCUGCAGUGGUGCCAAACAGGCAUCCCAUCAGCAUCUCAGACACGCGCACGUGCGCGGGAGGAAGAGCUUGUGCCGCCAAGUGUUCGUGACGUGGUGCGAACGGCCGAGCUGGUGGCGGAGUUUGCGCACAUCAGCAGCGGUGCAAAUGCAAAUGAUAGCGGCAGUCACGGCAGCGGCGGUGGUGGUGCAAACCAUGACGGUGACGGUGCUGUGCAUCAUGGUUCCGGUGUAGGAAGAGGCGCAGGGUCGCAUGCAGGACGUCGCAAAGACCUGUGGUGGUGCGCGCGCUUGGCGGUGGCGACCGUGUUCCUGCUGCGGCUGCCCGAACACAAGCGCCAACUGUUUUGCUUGCAGGCAUGGGACGUGCCAUCGUUCCCCAUUGAUGCGGGCCCUAUUAACCCUGUCAUUGAACAGCAUCUCCUCUCCCUGUCGCUCACUGCACAGCUACCCCCGUCUGUGGUCACGCUGCUAUCACCGCUGCUUGAGUGCGUGGAAGCGAUGCGACACGUGCUGCAAUUGGAGGCGUGUGAAGGACUAUUCCUGACGCAAUCCCUGUGCGAGAACGUGUUUCUGAUGAUUCUUCACAUCUACAUGGGGCUGCCUCUUUUCCUCGUUGGUGAGCCGGGGACAUCCAAGUCCAUCAGCCUUGCACUCGUGUCUCGAUGCGCACGCGCUGCACUUCGCAACCUCGACCUCUCUGCAGAACAGAACCACAACCCUGCCAACUCAGGACUACAGCAACAACAACAACAGCAGCAGCAGCAGCAGGGGCGACGGCAAAGGUCACGGCGGCGGCGGCGGCGCCGUGGGGGCGGUGGACACAACCGCGCUGAUGGUGGUCACGGCGCACAUGCCAGCGUUGAUACAGGACUGGCUGAUUUCGUGCGCUCGCUUCUGCGGCGACCAACCAUGUACAUUCUGCAGUGCUCGCCUGAACUCUCUGCACGCAUGCUGGAGAAAGAAUUUGAGCGUGCACAGACGUACGCACAGAGCGGUGCCGAGGAGAUGAAGGAGGCUAUGGCUGUGGUGCUCGAAGAGGUUGGCCUGUCGUACGCCGGCUCCGGUCGUGUGCCCACGCUCAAGGUGCUCCAUGCACUGCUGGACCGGCAGUGCGACCUCAGCUUGCCGCGAGCAAGCCGCAUCCCGUUCUUUGCGCUUUCCAACACGUUUCUCGACGCAGCGAAGAUGAACCGAGGCACGGUGGUGCUGCGCCACAGCGCGUCCACGCACGACCUCAAGGUUGUCAUUGCAUGCGGCCUGGCGCGGGCACUGCAGCAGCGUUACUCGAACCACGUGCAACUGGCACAGCUGAACAUGACACAACUAGUGGCGCGCAUUGCACACCUGCAUCAAACGCCACAAGGUCAGAACAGGCAGCGCACCUCCGGCGUGAGUGUGGAGGACGUCGUUGACGCCAUUCGCGUCAUGUCACAGGAGCUGCUUGCCUUGUAUCAGCAGUUGACUGCAGCAGCCAGCAUCGGUGUCCAGACGACGACACCCACACGUGAGCAGCGUGCGUACGGUCUUCGCGACCUCUACUGCACGCUUCGUCGCUUUUUCUUCCUCUGCAGAGAGGAUGGCGCACACGCGCGCGCUCAGACGCACACGGACGACGACAACGAUGAUGACGAGAACGGGGAUGACGAUGAGGAGGCAGCGGUGAUGGGGAACAAGAGGAAGAAGAACAGGAAGUCGCAAAGGGGCAAGACGUCGGAGCAACAGCAAAGACAGAGCGGAAGCAGCACGGCCGCCAACAAGAGAGGAAAGAAACAGAAACAGCGGACAAAGAGGAAGCCACGAUGGAAACACGACGACGGGGAUGAUGGUGAUGAUGGGGAUGAUGGUGAUGAUGCCGUUGAUCGCAGGAACAGGGGCGAGGGAUUUGACGAGGCAGGCCGCAGCAUUGUGGAGAACUUGUGGAUUGCCGUGAUGAGCGAAUUCGGCGCUGUGUCGCCCGUCUCUCAGCCGUCCCUGAUUGAAGAGUGUAUGCGCCGCCUGUUCAAUAACCGCAGAGUGCAACACAUUGACUGCGUGGCGCGUCGCCCUGCGUGGCGUGACGUGACCAGGCGUGUGCAAACACUCACGUGCUCGGAACGGCUCCUCACAUCAGCGCUUGUCAGCAGCAUCCACGCACCCACGAUACAGCCGGGCACCAGUCUCGCGUCAAGCUCAAGUGCGCCCUCAACACCCGGCACACGGGGGGCACACACGGCUGCUUCAACGACUGCUUCUGCUUCUCCUGCUGCUGCUGCUGCUGCUAUCACGGGACGCAAUCGGGGCAGCACGUCCUCGUCCGUGCCAUCGUCGUUGGGUGUGCGUGAGCGUCACACGCUCAUGGUGAGCGACACCCCACUGACGCCCGCUGUCAUGCAAAUCAUCAUCCGUUCAGCACUCCCGCCAUAUGCACUGAGCUCGCAGCUGCCUGAUACGUCAUUUCCGGCACAGGCGAGCAUGACAGCAGCGCCGACGUCACCCACAGUACAACCGCUUUUCCCACAGGCGUCUCGUCAAAUGUCAAUGCCUGCUGGAGCUGUCCCGCGCGUGCGCGUGCGCGUGCUGGCACCACGCUGGAGCGAUGAAGACAUGCAAGCGCUGUGCGGCCACGGUGGGUAUGGCAGCAGCACACGUUCAACAUCAGCCAUGGCUGGGACAUCAGCGCAGCUUGCACGCGUGCGGGCAGCGUACCUGAAGCGGCUGCUGGCUGCCAUCGCGCAGCCGGGCGUGUGUGUCGUGCUCGCCCCACGCCUCAUUGCGGAGACGCUGUACGAUGUGAUCAACGGACAUGCCACCGCUGCAGACGUCACUGCUGGCGCGAGCGGGUGGACCUAUGUGCGCAUCCCUGUUGGGGGUCGCUCGAGAUACACGCGCAUGCACGACAGCUGCCGACUCGUGUUUGUGGACGACCCGAGCGCUGUGAUGGCGCUCCCGCGUGCGUUUCUGAACCGCGUGCAGAAGGUGUUUUGCCCACUGCCAGCGCUGGAAAACAUCAUGUGCGCCGCCGCGGCUGCUGAGCGGCCAAGCAGAAACGUCGCCAUCGCACGCAUCCUACAGGUGGCACGUGUUUCUGGGAUGGUGCACACGCACGCGCUGUUGCAGGCCAUCACCGCGUACGUCACGGCUGACAGUAUGAGGGCGCGUGUUAUCCUUGGGACUGAUGAUGAGGACGGCGACAAUGUGGGUGAGGAUGACGCGAACAGCAGCAGCAACGACAACGACACAACCACUCAGAGCGCCGGAAAUGGUCACAUUCCGGGCGCGGCGGCUUUGCCCGAUUUGCUUUCGCCCCAGCAACCGCUUCCAGCAAUGGCCACACAUGUGGUCGACGGCAGCGAGCGGCUAGUGCACGGCGCAAGUGACCUGAUACGGGUGUGCAAGGAAGCUUUCGCGUUGACGUGUCGCCCAGAGCUCCACCCCGUGAACAGCAUCCCUGACCUGGUAAUGACCACUGCACCGCUGCUUGUGUGCCAUCAGAUGGUGGGAGAGGAUCUGUUUGCUGCACUCAUGCGGGCGUUUGAGUGCAGGGGAGCGACCAUUUUUGACUUUCACGCAGUCAAUCAGGCCAGUGACUCAGACGCAAGUGAUGACGACAAUUCUGACCACUACAGUGAUGAUGAUGAUGAUGAUGAUGAUGAUGAUGAUGAUGAUGAUGAUGAUGAUGAUGAUGAUGAUGAUGAUGAUGAUGACUGCGAUUAUGACGGCGCCGUGGGUGUGGACAGCCAUGCUGGCUCUGGCUACGGGGAAGGGUAUGGUGAUGACGGCGAACACAAGGCCGGCAUUAACACUGCUGGCCAAGACACGAGUGACGGGAACAGUGGUGAUCGUGGUUGCGUGCGCUGGGAUUAUGUGACGGUUAUCUUUACCAGUCACGAUUAUGUGAAACGCAGCGCGAUGGAAACGCUGCAGAAGGUGUUGGACCAAACAGAAGCGGUGCGCACCUUGUUGGAGCAGCAGCUGGCACAGCACGGGCGCGAACGUGGAAGCGACGGCAUGUCAACACAUGAACAACAAGAGCACAGCGGGUCGCCAAAGCGCAGAAGUGCCGUCGCUCUCGUGUACGCAAGCAGCCGUCACCUGCACCCGAAUGCCCUCUCCACGUUUCUGGAGCACUUGCGUGUGCAGUGCGGCGAGCACGUGCGCUGUGUCGUGAUGUAUCACGAGGAGGUGGACCUUGUGAAUGGCAUGGCAACGCCCCCAGCAGCGUUUGGGUGGACGUAUGUCAGCACCGGGUACGGCAACAGUGAUGACAGCGGUGACGAACAGGGAGAAAGGGGACGUGCCAGCAGUGGUGAUGGUGGUGGUGGUGGUGGUGGUGGUGGUGGUGGUGGAGGACGAAGAGGGGAUGAUGAUGAUGAUGAUGAUGAUGAGGAGGAGGAGGAGGAGGAGGAGGAGGAGGAGGAGGAGGAGGAUGAUGAUGAUUGCCCUACUGUGGCUUCAAUGGCCACCGUUCUCCCUCCUUCGGCCCAGCAUCCAACAAGACAAAGCGGCAUUGCAGGGUUGUUGUGGCUCUACGCAAGCGACUACGCGCAGCACGUUCGCCGGCUGGCAGACCAAAUCACCUCAACAGCGGGCAGUGGCGGCCCAGCUGCAAACCUGCCCGUUAUGCUCGAGCACCCCUUGCUCACACUGCUGCACCGCGAGGACGCGCGCUUGGGCGGCCUCAGCCUCCAAGCAAGGUCACUGGCACAGCAGCAACAGCAACAGCAGCAGUUGGGAGGACAGCGAGGGAACAGAGGAAGUCGGCAGCAGCAACAGCAACAGCGGCAACAGGUACUGGAGAGUUCGCCAUUCCCAGCCAUGGUGAACCGUCGUGUUGAGCGUCGACUGGAAACGUCGGGCCUGAUGGUGAUUGACCUACUCGAUGUUGCUUCACGCACAUCACACGUUCACAGCCAAGGUGACGCCAAGAAAGUUGUUGUUCUCCCGCGCAGCAGCGGGUUCACGCCAGAGCAAAUGGCCCUGGUGGAGAGCAUUCGUUUUGCCACGAGCGUGGAUGCGGUGGCCCUUACAGACGUUGCCUUGCGGGCGCUGCAGGACCCACAUGUUCUCAGCGAAGUGCUGAACGUGCGAGUGCCACAGAACACCAGCCAGUUUGAGUGGCGCGAACAAUCGUGCGUGGUGUCGCUCACAGCGCGCGGCAUCAGCCUCUGGGCGGCGUUUGACGACGACUUACAAGCGGCUAUUGAUGAGCUGCAAAGUAUUGUCGAGCAGCAGCUGUGCGAGUGCAGGGUCAGCGUGCCGCUUGCCAGUGCGCUGCCAGGUGUCCCUGCACACACGCGUCGCGACUUGCUGCACAUGUGGACAGACCAAGGCCUGGGCAAGGUGCUGGACUGCAUGGUGAAUGCGUCAAGCAGCGGGGAGGACCCUUGUAUUGCAAGCGUGUACAUCACCUGUCUUGGGUACCAAACAGCACAGGCGGAAGAAGCGCUGGCCGCUCUCCUGCGCCAGCUUGAGCAAGACAUUGUUGCCGAGUGUGUUAUUCUGCCAGAGACAUACUACGCUGAAAGGGGCGAUGAUGGUGGCGAUGAUGAGUCGGCUUGCGCGUGUGCGUACGCUCGCAACGUGGCACCAGGCUGGCACCUCCUGACGCAGCAGCAAGCGCAGCGCAACCACGGUGGCAGCCACGACCACAUGUCAUUUGUUCAAGUCGGCCGCUGGCUUCGCUGGUGUGAACAGAACAAUGGCGAUGCAGACAACGCAGUAUGGACCGCUUGGCUGUUGGACUCCUGGAAGCGCAAUCACGGUGUGACGGACAUCGCCGUCAACGGAACGCACGUGCGCUUCACCAUCACAGGAGACGACAGCAGCAGUCGCACAGGGUCACGGCGCGAAAGGCGCCGCCAACGUGCACAGCAGCAGCAACAGCACGUGCAGCGGGUGUUGGACGUGGACUGUGCGGGUGUUGGCGAAACGGCGUCGCUCACUGGUCUGCACGAACGCACCUCGGUGGCUGUGCUGGUGUACGGGUAUCGCGAGGAUGUGACGAGCGAGCGUGAACGUCUCUCCGGCCUCAUCAGCUCGGAAUGGCGGCCUGCGCGUGUGCCCGUGUCACGCAUCGUGCGGAGGCGAGACGUAGCCGCAACAGCGCGAGACCUCGGCUGCGACGUCUAUCUCGUCAACCCCAACAACGACCACGAUGACGACGACGACGACGAGGACUACGCUGGGGAGGGCGCGAUGCUUGUCGGGGAUGAAGCUGGCAAUCGCACGUAUGUGGUGUAUGGCGACUCGAACAGCAGCGCCACCUUCUCCCGCAUGGUGACACAACUGCAGGAAUCGCGCAGGCAAGAGAUGGAGACAGGCCCUGCCGACGCAGCGUGGAAGUUCAGUGAAGAUGUAUUGCGACGACUCCAGCCAAGCAUGCGUACCAUGAGCAACAACAGUGGUGUGCGGGUCGCACCACUGCCAACUGACGACUGGUCUGCGGCCCUCAUUCAGCAGCUCGUGGAUGAAGCGGGUGGAAAGGUGAAGACGAUGGACGAGCACAUUGGCUCAGCAGCCAGCAGCGUGGCGGGUGCGUUGGCGGUGCACAAUCCGCAAGCACAGGCCGCGUUCUUUGCCGCCAUCAAAACGCGAGCAGCACGACACCUGUCGAACCAAGACCACAGUUUCGCGCCAAAAUACGCCUUUGACACCGCAACUGGCGCUGCUGUUGAUGCGGAACAACGGGCCGUUCUGGCACGCAUGACCCUGUCGCCCGCAGACGCACGCGCAGCCGAUGCACACGCUUGGCCGCAUCCGUUCAGGGUGCUUUCACCCCCGCACUUGCAAGGCGAUCCACCCAUCCGCAUUCAGCGCGUGUUUCAUGGCGUCAAGACCUUUGACGCUGCUGUUGGCAUCGUUGCUGGCGGCUUUGCCCAGUUGCGCACGCGGGACAGCGGGUUCUUUGGCACCGGCAUAUACUUCACCCCCAACUUGCACUACGCGCUUGAGUACGCCGAGCCUUGCAUCAUCAACAGGCAGGAUGGUCGCCUGCCACCAUCGGACUUGGAGAAUCUCAACCUCGCUAAUGGCACAUACCGCGUUGUGCUCGUAUGUGAUCUCGUGUACGCCAACCCGUACCCCGUGACAGACAUGACCCUGAUGGGACAGGGUCUGAAACCGGGCCAUGACGCACAUGUGGCUGUGGUAAACUUCAGUGGCGAAGCACAGCCGUUUGGCUCGCACAGCGAGUGGGACUGGAACGAGGACACCAACGUGCCUGCUGGCGAGAUUAUGAUUUCGCAGGAGUCGCACGCACUCGUGCGUGCUGUGCUCGUGCUCAAGCAAUAGCCAUGUGUGUGUGUGUCUGUCUGUCUGUCUGUCUGUGAGUACUUUCUGUCUGUCUGUCUGUCCGUGUGUUUGUGCACUUUCUGUGAGUACUUUCUGUCUGUCCGUGUGUGUGUGUGUUUGCGUUUCAAGUGCGAUUGUGCGUUCAGUGCCAUUUUGUGCUUUUGUCUGCCUACCUGCCUUUUCUGUCCAGCCAUACCCCCCCCCCUCUCUCUCCCUCUCUCUGUGUCUGGUUUGUGGCGUUGACGAGUCGUGGUGGGAUGGUACAGUGAUGUUGUAAACGGAACAGUGCCAAUGAAGAAUGAACGGAAUCAGGCAGAG